AUGCCGCCAACCGCUUACUCUCCUAAGCGGUCUUCGAAGGAUGUCGGCAGGGAGAACCGCAAUCGCAACUCGAGUCCCAUGUCCCGCAUCGGACAACACUCUCCAAGAAUAUCAAACAAGGCUAUUUCCCUUGGGUCACUGGUGGCUGAUAGGAAGCGGAGGGCUUCCUCAUCCGUCUCCAGCGUGUCGUCCGUCUCGUCUGUAGAGCUCAGCGACGAUGUAAACGAGUCAGAUGCUGAUGACGAAGAGGACCCACCUGCUGCCCGUGGCCCGUCUUAUGGCCGUCGUGACAAGGCUCAUAAGGCGGGAAUGAAAUCUACAAAAAGAACGAAAAAGAUGAGGUUAUCGGACGAUGACAGCUACGAUGGCCAAAAGAGUAGUGGCGAUAAUGACUCGGAAGAUAGCUCCGAUGAUGUUUACGCAGCAGUUGACUACAUUAGCGAUGGAGACGAUGAUGAAGAUGUCGAUGUAGAAAAGUUGGAAGAACUGUUGAUCGUGGAGUCAGAGGAUGAGCAUGAUUUCAAUGGCAUCUUGACAGCCUCUACUGUCAGCGUCGCCAACUCCCACGAUUGGGCGGGCCCCAAUGUGUUUGAUGACCACAUGCUACUUUCAGCUGCGUCGUUCUUUGAUGAAGAGCAGCUCUACAGCGCUAUGGAAGCCUUCGGGGAGACCGACAUGGCCAGUGAAACGGCCGUAGAAACACCGGUUCCCCGCCGGGUGCAUUUUGAAGAAGACUCGGAUUCAUCGUCCGAUAGCGAUUCCCAUACUGAGGAUGAAAUCCCGGGUGACUUCCUCCAGCAGGACAGUCUUGAUCCUCAACUACGUCGUAUGAUUGAGAAUGACAAUGAGACGUACAAUAACCGCCGUCGGCAGUCCGAUGAACUGUUCGCGGAGUCCGACUAUGGCCAUUCAAACAUUUAUCACGUUGAGUCGGAUGCUGUCUCCGAGGAAUCGGAGUCAAGCGGAUACGAGACCGAUGAUGGCGAGACUACAGAUGAAGACCUUCCCCCGCCAGCAACAAUUACCCAUCCUCGCUCUAUCCUACGCCGCGACUCCUCAGCUUCUCUCCAAGCUACCACUGCUGAAGAGACGAAUGAUUCGACUUCCCGUCGGCGAGGUCCCAUAAUGGGAACCUUCGUUGCGGAUCCCCACAAGCCUGUUGCACUCGUGGACUGCACGGGCAAGCACCUGGUGAUUAUUCCUGCAUAUGCCUCCUCUCGCCAUGACUGGCUUGAGUCUGCCACAAAUAGCAUCUGUGGCACGGCUAAUAAUAGCCCGCGGGCAACCACAAUGCACCUCGUUGAUGAGAGUGACACAGAUGCGCUCGCAUCACCGAAUCACGUUGACCUAAGCCCAAUGUUGGCUUCUAGCGCUAACCUCAUGAUGACGGCCCUUGGAAAUGAGGUAACCACCGGUGGUCAAGUCAUGGGUCCUCCCGAGGCCUUCUACCCGUCUCGUGACUUUGCCAUUGAUAGUUCAUUUGAGGAUGAUGAAGAGGAUGACCCCGAGGCUGCUUUGAACGUCGAUGAUUUCAUUGACUUUGGUAAUGGCUCAUCCGAUGACGAUAUGGACAAGGAAUUCGACGAUGAUGCACUGGCCUCGCCGAUGGCGGCGCCCACCAUCCCAGCUGCUGCCAGUACACCAACCCCUAAUCGCAAUGGGGAUUCACAAACGAACAGUGCGGAGCGUUUCUUGAAUCACCUGGACCGUGGUAUUGUGACGGCUUUCCGUCGUAAUCACAAUCGGUACCAGGCACUGCUGCGCCUCCCACAACACCGGGAGUUCAUGCCAGCAAACUCACCGUCUCGACCAGCCAGUGUCUUUAGACACGCAAAACAUGCGGAUCAACGCACGCCUACGCGGAAACGUAAAGCGAGCGGUUACAAUGGCGGCGAGGCGGUCCGACGGAAGCUGAUGGAUGCCCACCGUCGUAGCCAACUUCCUUUCUAG